UACACGUAGCACAGCAGCCGAAAUUACAGGAUAGUAGCAAGAUAGUAGCAGCUGUAACAGCAUUGGAAAACGUCACAAAUUUUUCUACAAAUUUCGAUGGCCAAUUUAACUGAAGCUUUGCGUCUUAAACUGCAAACUACAUUGGAAACUGUUCACUGCACAUUAUAAGAGUCACUGACCAUCUUGCCGCUCGCCUUUCAAAAAAGCAUUCGCUAUGGAUGUCCCCUUCAAAUUAGAAGUGAUUGCUUUGACUACGGUCAUCAUUAAACUUGGUGUCUCGCUCUUUCCGUAUUCUGGCAAGAAUAAUCCUCCAAUGUUUGGUGACUAUGAAGCACAGAGACACUGGAUGGAGAUCACUGUUAACUUGCCCAUUCAGGAUUGGUAUAGAAAUACAACAGACAAUGAUUUGCUGUACUGGGGCCUGGACUAUCCACCUUUGACAGCCUACCACAGCUAUUUAACUGGAUUGAUGGCUAAGAAAAUCAACCCAGAUUAUGUUAACCUCCUUGCAUCCCGUGGAUUUGAGAGUCCCAAUCACCAGUUUUUCAUGAGAAUGAGUGUUCUAGUUUCUGAUUGCCUUUUUUUUAUUAGUGCACUCUAUUUUUACAUCAAAAACUUAAAAAUGGAUAACAAGUACAAAUGGGUUUUCUUUGCUUUAUGCUCCCAUCCUGGCCUCACACUUAUAGAUUAUGGUCACUUCCAGUACAACUCGGUUUCCCUGGGUCUGGCACUGUGGGCAAUUAUUUUUGUUUCCAAAGGAAGAAAUCUGUGGGCUGCAGUUGCUUUUUCAGCUGCACUCAAUUUUAAGCAGAUGGAGCUUUAUCAUGCCAUACCCAUAUUCUUCUAUUUGCUGGCUUCUUGUCAUCGCAAAGCUUCCACCUUAAUGUCUCAAUUGGUAAAUUUGAUCAAAAUUGGGGUUGUUACAUUGGCCACAUUUGCCCUCAUUUGGUAUCCAUUUCUACAACUUCAUGAUGGUCUUUUACAACAAGUUCUCUCCCGAGUCUUUCCUUUUAACCGUGGGAUUUUCGAAGAUUAUGUUGCCAAUUUUUGGUGCACCUUGAAUGUUCUGGUAAAAAUCCGACGAAUAUUGGAACCCACCUCCAUUGCUAGCUAUUGUUUACUGCUGACUGCUCUGUUCAGUUUCCCUUGUGGACUUCAUCUAUACUUUAAGAAUAGUUUGCGCAAUUUACAUCUCUGUUUGAUCAACGUGUCUCUGGCUUUUUUCCUGUUCUCCUAUCACGUUCAUGAGAAAUCAAUCCUUUUAGUAACGUUGCCUGUUUCCAUAGCGAGUCCUUAUUUCCCGUUCACUGCCUUCUGGUUUCUCUCCAUUUCUCAUUUCUCCAUGUUACCACUGUACGCCAAAGACGAUUUGAUUCUCCCUGCCGGGGCCGUACUCGCCCUGUAUUGUUUGUUGGCUAAUAGCAGCUUGAAACUUGAGAUGGGUAGAUCCAUGCAGUUCAAAUGUCUAGCUGGCAUUUCGGCGAUUGGAAGUGCCGUUUUGGCUUUACUAUUUCUUAUUUGUCCCAAUCCGCCAGCCUAUCCCUAUUUGUGGACACUCUUGGUUUCUGUUUGGAGUUUUGCACAUUUUUCAGUUUUUUUCGCCUAUUUUCUAUAUGUUCAAUUUUGGGUCGGCUCUCAGUCCUUGAAGUUAAAAAUGCAGUGAAGAAAUAAAUAGGAAUUUACAAUUGGA